UGUCUUCACCUCUUGUAUUUUUUCCCAUCCACUUUGUAUCCCUUUCUCAUACAUCAUGUCCAAAUGUUUUGACUAGUUUCGUCCUUUGUCUUCUCAAAUUUCAAUAUGGCGCAUAGGCUCUUGUGCCUGAGAGGAAAUUCCCACUUAGCUGGCCGAUGCCAUCCAGGUUUCCGUCGCCCCGUUACCGGAGAGCUUGUUCUUUUUGGAGUCCAAAAAAUGCGGAAAUCCAAACUUAAAAAGCCUUCACCUCCCCUUGGCUCCGCUGCCCUCGGGAAGGUGUUCGAAAUACUUUUUAAUGAAGUCCAGAGUCCCGUUUCAGCAUUACAGCUGCAGGCUCGGCAAUUGCCUCUUGUUUUCUCGGUGGGGGCGGGGAACGACCUCCGUUACCUUUUAAAUUCCCCUCCUCAAUCCAAAUGCUUUCUGAAUCGUAAAAUUAAUGUACUUACAGUUCCAAUUAUUCUUUCUUUUUUUGGAGGUAUCUGGCGCGCGUUGUCGCCGGCACGGAGCUUAACGUCUCAGAGGCAGCAAUGUAACCCAAGGCUCCAUCCCGCUCUGCCUGCACACGACACCCCUAAAAAAGGGGUUUUCGGGCGGCGAACUGGGCUCAAAAGAGCUCUGCUGGGUGCUCAUGUCCCCGAAAAGCCAAAUUCGGGGGUUCUCAGGGUGGCUGCUUCGGAUCCCUUAUUUUCCAAUCCGGAAGUUGACAGCUAUGUGCAGAAGGUCCCAAGUUCAGUCUGUUGGUAGGACUGGGAAACAUUCCUGUCUGCCUGUCACUGCGGGAAAUAGUAAGCUAGAUGGAUGGAAUGGCCUGAUUUGGUAUAGAGCAGCUUCCUAGACCUAACCACUUUUUACAUUUUCAAAUAAAUCAGUUACAUCUGUAGGAUUGGGUAUUAUAAUUGGUAGUCAGUAAUUCUCCUUCAACGACUGACAUUACAGCUUUUCACUUUGUUGUUUGUCGAAGAUGGUUCUAAAAAGAUGGAAGGCUUUCAUUCAUUCCUUUGAAAAUUCAGUAGGUUGGCGCUGCAGGUAGUUCCUUGUACUUUUGAUAACCAGGCGCUGGUGGCAAAUAUUGCAUCAUGCUGCUGGGUGUGUGCUUUGUGCAAACAGAUUGCCGGUGGGAGAACAGCUGGUUUUUCUAGUUUUGUAAAGAGUCCACUGCAGUAGUCCUCUGUAAGUUGACCAGAAGUACUUCGCCUGUUAGCACUCUGGAUACGGUACAAAGAAUCGAAAUAACCAGCUUUGGGGGGGAAACGAUUAACUUGAGGAUAAUUUUUGAAUGAAGACCCACAGCAUGUUCAGAAGUUCCAGCAAAGUUGCAAGUCACCAAGCUGGAUGUUGUAACUUUUGGUUGUUUGCAAUGAUGUGCCUUUAAACUGUAUAUCACAAUUCAUGCCCUUCAUACUACAUAAAUUAUAAAAUAAUACAAUCGAAGCAACAUGUCAAAAAACUUGGAAAUUAUCAAUUUGUCAUUUUUACUGGAACAUGAGAGGGAAAUGAUACUGGGAGUGCUGAAGAGAGACGAGUAUUUGAAAAAAACUGAAGAUAAAAGAAUCAGAAAACUGAAGAAUGAGUUAUUGGAAGCCAAAAAGAAAGGUGGACGGCGUUAUCAGGAAGACGACAGCAGGGUCUGCAUUCGCUGUCGAAAGAAUUUGGGCUUAAUCUUUGAUAGAGGGGAUCUCUGCCAAGCAUGUGGACUCAGAGUUUGCAACAAAUGUCGUAUUGUGGGAAUUGGUGGCAACUGGAAAUGCACAGUGUGCGAUAAGAUUGCGCAGCUUAGGAUAGUAACAGGUGAAUGGUUUUUUGAAGAGAGAGCAAAGCGCUUCAAACAAUCCACCCUUCUUGGAAGUGAUGUCGUUAGAAAGUCUAUCCAACGCAAAGCCCCAGAUCCUUCCUCUGGAGCUACAGAAGGAGGAAAACUCAAAGAUCAGUCUCCAGAGAGUUCAGAGGAGACUUCAAAGCAAGAUGUGCUUGCUUCCUUUUCAAGUGGGGCAAAGUCAGUCUUCAGUGGGCACAGAAAUAUUGGAGCUUUAUUCAAGGCUAAAGGAGAAAUCGCAGGUGUGAAGGCAGAAGAUGGAAGAAGCAUCAGCUCAGAUCUUGAUGUUCAGAGUAUAAAUAGUGCUGAUAGGGUGAGCACCUAUUCUCUCAAUAUGGAGGAACUGCCUGCUGGCCUGAAAGGAGCAGUUUGUGCCGCAAACCGAAGCAAUUCUUCUACUCCAGUCCAUCCAAGGUCACCAGCACUGAGCACACGCAGCAUGACUGUAGAUUAUGGCAGAGAUCCUGGAUUAGAAAAAGGCACUGCUAUUCCUGCAAGUGAAAGUAUACCAGCAGAUCUAGCAAAAAAGCAUCGCAGGAAAGCAUCUGGAACACCCUCUAUUGCUGUUUCUAGGACAUCUAUGUCAUCUGAUCACAGCAGAUCAGAGAGAGAUCUCAGUGUAUCCUUCUCAGAAGGCAAUGAGGAUAGUUUAAGCUUAAGAAGUAAAUCUGUACCUGAAGCAUUGGACCAGGAGUUGAGUUACCUGGAUGAGACAGAGGAAGAUAUUGAUGACAUUGUGGCCUCUGGCUACUCAAAGAGACAUACCAAUAUGACAAGUGGAUUAUCAACAACCAGCAUCAAUAGUAUGACAAGUGUGUAUAGUGAAACGGGGGACUAUGGCAACGUGAAGAUCAGUGGUGAAAUUUGUCUCCAAAUUAACUACAGCUAUAAAACAGGAGCCCUCAACAUCCUGGUAAAAAAAUGCAAGAACUUGGCCAUAGCAGAUGAAAAGAAGCAAAAAACAGAUCCCUAUGUCAAAGCAUACUUGUUGCCGGACAAGUCUCGUCAAAGCAAACGGAAGACAAAAAUUAAAAGCAAUAGCACUAAUCCUGAGUUCAAUGAAACACUGAAGUAUGUCAUCAGCCAUACACAGCUUGAGACUCGGACCUUGCAGCUUUCUGUCUGGCAUUAUGACAGAUUUGGGCAUAACAGCUUUCUAGGAGAAGUGGAGAUACCCUUGGACUCCUGGAACUUUGAACAUCAAGCUGAUGAAUGGUUCAUGCUUCAGCCCAAGAUGGAAGUUGUUGCUGAUACAGGUCUUCAGUACAAAGGAGAGUUGAUAGUUGUCUUACGGUACAUCCCCCCUGAGAGGAAUUUAACACUUCCCCUAGGAGAAAUUCAAGGAAAGAAGAACUCUAAGAAGGAAAAGAAGGCAAACCCACAAGUGCCACCAGGAGGCAUAUUAGAAGUUGUCAUCAAGGAAGCCAAGAACUUAACAGCUGUGAAGUCAGGAGGCACUUCUGACACGUUUGUGAAAGGGUAUCUGCUUCCUGACAACAACAAGGCAUCUAAGCACAAAACCCAAGUAAUAAAAAAGACUGUGAAUCCCCACUGGAACCAUACUUUCACAUUUAGUGGCUUGAAUCCUAGAGAUAUACAGAAUGUCUGCGUAGAGCUCACUGUCUGGGACAAAGAGUCCCUUGCCAGUAAUAUCUUCCUGGGAGGCGUUCGCCUGAGUCGUGGAGGAGGUUUCAGUAACGGCAAAGAAGUUGACUGGAUGGAUUCUCAAGGGGAGGAGCAACUUCUCUGGCAAAGAAUGAUUGAUUGUCCUGGGGAUUCUGUGGAAGGUGUAUUAAUGCUGAGAUCUAGCAUGGGAAAACGCAGACUCUGAGAGGGGCUAUGCGUAGGCACAGAAAUAACUCCAGGUAUUUUGCUUGUACAAUUAAUUACAGGGUGGUAUAAUGAAAGCCAACCUGCCAUGGAGCAGCUCCUGGUGUAAAUUUGCACAUGUAAAAUAGGGAAAACAAGGACUUUCGGUCAACUUGGACUUUCAACUCUCUUGAAACGGAUUAUAAAUGCAUUCAGCACUUUCCUGCGAUUCUUAUCAUUGUGUUUCCUACUGUGACUGAGUGGAUGGAGUAAGUUCUUUAAAAAAAAAUCUACAGAACCCUAGUUUCAGCAGCCCCUGUAGAUUGUUAUUAUUUCAAGACAUGGUUGUGUUUUCACAGGAGAAACUCGAUUAGUAGGCCCCAAAGUGCUUUGUGAUACUGUUUAGGCCAAUUCAGUCCAAGCCCAUUUCAAAUAAGUGUAAUGGUUGGAAGAUGCAAAGGGGAUGGGAUUGCAGGCAAGCUGCAAGAAUAAUUAUUUCCAUCUACUUUCCCUUCCAAAUUCUGCAUGUUCAUAUUCUUGAAUGGUUCCCAGAAGUGGCUUUGGUAAUAAGCAGUUAAGGAAUCCCUACGUCCUCACUCAGAAGCAGAAUGGCUAUUUGGGGGUGGGGGUGGGUGGGUUAGAGACCAGGAGAAUUUGAUGACAUAAACAUUUCAAGAGUCCCCACAAAUCUCAGCGGUUGUGCCCCCCCUUUAGACAUUUGUUUGGCAUGUUCCAACCAGGACUCUCAUAACAAUUGGACAGAAGAAGCAGUUGCCAUUCAGGGUCGCAUCCAGUGCUGCUAUUCUGCUAGCACAGCAGACCUCCACUUGUGCAAUGUAACUUUGCCUCCCUCUACAGAGUCUCAAAAUCUGCUUCAGAGUGUUGGAGGAUUCUACAGAGUAAUUUUGAGGGGGUGUGGGGAGAGGAGAGGAAGUCUCAUUGUGCUGGCGAAACUGGAUACCACCCUACGUUUCUAUGUCUAACCAAGUUAAUUCUUCCCAGGACUUUGACCCCUUCAGAGCAGAAUAAUUAAUUAACGUUCCUAAAUUAGUUGAAAGCUAUCAAGCAGAUAAUCAAAUCUGUGCCCUAAAGCAGGGUUGUUAGUGCCUACUAAACUUUUUUAAAAUAGCCUCUACUAAGUAACUGCACUGCACUAAGAUUUAAGCUGUUUGCUGCUAAUAUAUUUAACUUAAACCUCCUUCCCUGUUGUAAGGAAUUGAAUGAUCAAUUAUUCCCCCUUCCCCACAAACCCCCUUUGAGCACUUGAAAACUGUAAUAUUAAUAUCCAUCACCACCCUCAUCCCUUUCCUUAAGUUGUGCAUACCUACUUCUUUCAGCUUUUUGUUAUUGUAUUGUAUUUGCUUUCUAUCCAAGUCAGGGGUGGCUAGGUUAACCUGAGAUCCUCCAGUCAGUUGUAAUCCAACUCAUUACAUUCCUGACUAUUGCCCAUGCUGGCUGGGACCGAUUGGAAUUGAAGCCCAAACAUCUGGAAGGUCAUAUGUUAGCCACGCCUGAUACAGGCCUUGAAGUACGUUAGUCAGAGUAGGAUGUGAAGCAGAUCUGAAGUACCACCUUAACUAUAUCUUUCUUCUUCUUUCAUAAAGCUCUGGUUCAGUCCAAAGAUGAGGCACUGUGGUGCAUUAAUCCUGCUGUGAACCGUUCACCACCCAACUCCCCAGUCACUGGAACUCAAAUGGCACAUAGUCACUGCUCCUGCUGAGUAGCUUCAGGCACUACAUUGCGUUGAAGAAUUCAAAGGGUGCAAUGCUGUGCCUUUUCCAUUUUAAUUUGGCUGAAGGAGAAUAGGAGCAUUCAAUUUGAAUAACUGCAUUGGAAGUGUGAUCCCUUCACUUUGACUUGUAGUCUACCUUGGUUUGCUUUCUUUUGAAGAUACUGUGAACACUGUGCCACUAAAGCAAAUAGAAGAGCAGUGAGCAAUAGGAUCCUCACACUGUUGGAUUAGUUAUUGGUAGUGCAGUGACAGCUUUUGCCACAGAAGCAAGCAAUGUAGUUGUGAACCAUACUUCUGGCAGGGAGGGUGGCUCUCAAAUGGUGUCAAUGGCAGCACCAUUUCCAAUAAACAUAGGUUCUUGGGUGAGGGCCAUGUGUCUCUGUGGCUCUUGCCAGAUGCAGUGGCCAAGUCAUUAUUUGUACCACUAAAGCGAAAGCUGAGCCCUGCAGUGUAAUCCCUGUCAUCUGAGAGUUAGGAUGUCAUUCAAUUUGGUGGAAUUUAUGAACGUAGGAAGCUCUCUUAAGAGUCAGACCACUGGUCCAUCUAGCUCUCUGCUGAUAACUUUACCCAGCAGCAGUUCUCCAGGGUCUUAGAAGGACCAUCUUUCCCACAGUAAAACAAUAAUAAUUAUGUUUAGAACUGUGAGAGACCUUUUGCAUGUAGAGCAAUAUACUCAAAUACAGAGUUACGGGGACACACGCAUGGUAAAUUUCUGUUUACCAAGACUUUCAGUUACACAUUCUUAACAAAAUCAAGCUCCCACUUAUUUGUUGUUGUUGUUUUUUUAAAAAAACCAACACUGGCUUUUGCACAAAAAGAAAUACAGUGGUACUUCAGGUUAAGAACCACUUUAGCUAAUGGGGCCUCCCGCUGCUGCCGCUGCGCAAUUUCUGUUCUCAGCCUGAAGCAAAGUUUUGUUUUGUUUAUAAAUUAUAGAAACAAAAUUAUCAAAAAAAGUCCAGUGACUUCAGCUAGGCACUGCAUCUGCUCUCACUGCUCUUUAAGGUGGUAGGUACCCAAUUGCUGUAUCGAGCUUUGAAAAUAAUGUUUUGAAAAUACUUUGUUUUAAAAUACCAGCAAAAGAUUAGCAGCAUGAAAAAUAAAAUAGAAAUGCAUACCAGUAUUGGUAACAAUACUGUUCUAGCUCAGGUAUCUUUGAACUUUUUCAGAGCCAGGACCUACUUUUAACCCAAACAUACAUUUCGGGACCCAUUUCUAAAUAUUUUACCAUAUAUUGGCAUGGUGGUAGGGCUCUACUUUUGAAUUAAAGUGUGUGGGUCUUUUGUGAAAGGGCACCCCCCCAAUUCUUUAAGGAUUUCUUAAAUUCACAUAGUGAAUAAGGCUCUCUCUCAUUUAAAUGAACAGACUGGGCAGAUGUUCCUGGGAAGUGAUCACUUACAGGGAAAAUAUGCAGGCUUCCCAUGGCUCAUUAUGAUAUAUAUUUUUUGCACUUCAGUAACUAAAGUUUAAAAAAUUUCCUUUGGCUUUGUGGCAUGGUAUACAUACACAGAGGAAGAUUUUUUUAAAUAUAUUAAAAAUGGCUGAAACACAGCAUGUGAAUCAGACCUCAUUUAAGACAUGUCUUAGUGGGUGAACAGAUGAGGCAGAGCAGUGAUUCAGAAGAAGUACAACAGGUCCAUUUCUGUGUUCCAAAAUCACUUUUUCCAUUUGAAAACUGCAGUCAUUGCCAUAAAAUGGUAUCAAUACUAGGUGAAACUGGAUACUGUAAAUACCAACAGAAACCCAAAAGGCUAGGUUUGUGGCUGGUGCAUGAAUGUACAAAAUGAAGUGUGGCAAUCUGUUUUCUAUUGAACCAUUUUGUAUCCCACAGGGUAGAGAUGAAUUCAGUAGAGCAGGUAUGGUGGCAGCUUUCAAACUUUUCCUGUCUCUUCAUAUUGCUUCGCAACUAGAUAGUAGAAUCUCCUAACAGUAUUGUUACAAUUUCUUUCUAUCUUUUUUCCGCAUUUAACUACACCAGUUUUGUAAUUUUCCAGCUUAUAGAUGUGAAUUGCAUUUUAAAGGCCCAAAGUCAGAAAGUACAAAAAAACCCUUCCACUUUUCAAACCUGAGAACCUCCCAAAAUGCACAAAUUUCAUCUGUCUUAACACCACCCAAAAAAAAGGUCUCUUGAGUUGAGACACAGAGUUUGCUAAACACAGGUCUCACACUCUGCCGUGCUUUACAUGUACCUACUGGGUUUUCUAGCAAUGGUGUGGAUACUUGGAUAUAAAAAUAGUAGAUCCUCUUAAAAAAAUUAGGAUCAGGGGUAGCUAAUCUAUGGUCUUCCAGAUGCUGCUGGACACCAGCUCCCCCCCCCAUCUCUAUCACCCAUUCUGGCUGCAGCUCAUGGGAGUCCAACAGACUCUGAAGUGCCAAAUGGUGGUCACGCCUUUCUCUAAGUGUGGAAGUUUUCCUCUGUAACUUUACCAAACGAUGCUGUUUGGUCUGCACCAAAAGUCUGACUGGCACAAGUAAUGUGCUCUCUAGCACAACGUGGAAUAACCACCUCGUACCACCAGGCUCCAACUUUUAAGAAGACAAUGGGGUUGAUUCAUUCCCCUGCUUGAAUCUUAAGAGGUUGACUAGCACAACUCAACUGUGGCAAUAAAUUAUGGUUAACUGCUUGCUUUAACUACUGUCCUGCAGAAUUUUAUCCUGCUAGUCUUCAGAUGGCUUUGGCAGCGUGUUAAAAACAUCCAUGUAAGUUAGAUUAUUUAUUUUUUAUCAGAAAAAAUGCUUUGUUGUGUGCAAUGUCUUUCUAAUGUAUUUUUUCCUGUUGUCUCAUUUGGAACAAUUAUGCUGUGCAUGAACUGUAGCAAAUUACAAAGGGAACUACAUUAUGUUAAACCCUCCCAAAAGUCAGCCAGAACUUUUCCCCCCCAUGCAGGCUUGCUUUAAUGUACAUUCCUAUGUAUUUAUACAGACUUAUGGAUUGUUGGGGGUGGGGGACUGGCUUCAUUUGCAGUUAGUGUAAAAGGUCUUAUUUUUGUGUGCAAUUAAAAUAUUUCACCAUGUUAAAAUUUCGAUCUGUGCACAAGCUGAAUUUUUAAACAGGGACUCCUCUAGUUCAAGCAUGUGGAUCCUGUAGCCCUCUUGGUGGCAGGAGCACCAGGCCUCCCCAAGGCUUUGAUCAGUAGCCAUGUUGGCUGGGGAUGAAAGGAGCUAGUCCAGCAAUAGCUGGAGAGCCAGAGGUUCCUCACCUCAAUUUUAGGGCAAUGUUUCCCAGUGUAGGCAGGUUAAAUUGUUGCCUUUGCUCACCUCUUUGGAAGCAGGUUUUCUCUCUAUAAUAAGUCAUUCUAACCCUCAACUAUAGUAAAAUUGAACAGAGAUGGGUGCUUGUUACUGCAUAGGUACUCUUAGGAUAAGAAAAUAAUAUUUGCUGAUGAGCUACAUUUGGUUUCAUAAAAUAUAUUAGAUUCAACCCAAAGGGAUAUUGUUCAAGACUCCCUGUGGGUGAUUUUCUGCUCUCAGGAUGCUAAGGGUGUAAAAUAAAAUUGGUGCAAAUGUGUCCCUCCUGCCAUUGGCUCAAAGGCUCUUUUAUGAACAGAAGGGAUUUUUUUCCCCGCAUUGUGGAAGAACAUGUCUGGAGCCAACUCUACUUAUUCUUAAAUAAGUUUAAUGCUGUAUUGUUUUAAUAUUCAAUUGGAAGCCACCCAGAGUGGCUGGGGAGACUCAGCCAGAUGGGCAGGGUACAAAUAAAAAAAUAUUAUUAUUGAACUUAAAGAAUAAUCAUCAAUAUACGGUAAUUAUCCUUGCAGGAGAAAAGUCUAGUGAGAGUAGCAAAAUUUAAAGGAAUUCACCCUCCCCUGUUAAAUACAGUCAUACCUCGGUUUGAGUACAGCGGUACCUCGCUUUAAGUACACAAUUGGUUCCAGAAGUCUGUACUCAACCUGAAGCGAACUUUCCCAUUGAAAGUAAUGGAAAGUGGAUUAAUCUGUUCCAGACGGGUCCGCGGAGUACUUAAACCGAGGUAUGACUAUACUUUCAGUUUAAGUACUUCAUGGAACCGUCUGGAACGGAUUAAUCCACUUUCCAUGGGAAAGUUCGCUUCAGGUUAAGUACAGACUUCCGGAACCAAUUGUGUACGUAAACCAAGGUACCACUGUACUAUGAAAUGACUCUAACAUUGAUUACUUAGUAGUCUAGCUUUAGAAAAUUGAGUUGGUUUUUCAUGCCAACCUUCUGGUUGGUCUCCAGGUGAUGGGCGAUGUUAGGUUUUCAACAUUGCAAUGUAGCACCAGACCGAACAUCGCACUCUGGCAAAACACUGCAAUGUUGAAACAAGCUGCAUUGGCCCCAGCCCGUGAGGCGCGGUCUGAAAUUGCUGCAGCUUUCACCAUGGGAGCUAAGGCAGUUUCACCCCAGGGGCGGAGGAGCUCCUGCCCUCCGGCUGACAUCUCUGUUGAAGGGCAGGCAGCCACAUGCCCUUGAAUGGAGAUGUUUAUAGGAGCCCCCACCCUGCCUCCAACUCACACCAGCUGUGUGCAAGGCUCCCUCCGCCUUGGCCGGCAGACAAGCGAUCUCUUUCUCCUGGGAGCGAGACAGAGGAAGCCCUACUGAUGGAACCUGACAGGCGCCAUCUGCAGGGCUCCCUCAAGUGCAACGGACCCUGCCUCCAGCUGGUACAAGCCAGAGGCCAAGUGGGGCUCCGUUGAGGAGCAGGAGCUGCAUGCCUCUGAACAGAUAAGUUGUGGGGAGCCGAGGGAGAAACAAGCUACAUCGGCCCUGGCCAAUGUAGCUUGUUCCUCCCUCAGUGGUAUGAGGACCAGAGGCGGUGGUAUAUUUUGGGUGAAACCGCCACUGCUCCAGAGUCCCUCUGCCGCAGCUCGUUUCUCCUUCAUGCGUUGGGUGCUGGUGGCAGAGGGACUCAGCAGAGGCAGUUUCACCCACACUAUACUGCUGGGUGAAGCAGCCGCCACUUCUAGUCCUGAGUGAUGUAUCAAUACAUCGCCAAGGCCUGCUCCCAUCAUCCCAGAGCAUUUGUCAUGCAUGACUGAUGGGAGCUGUAGUCCCCAAACACUUGCAAGACAAAAAGUUAUGGGAAGGCCGCUAAAGUGGGAACAACAUUUAAAAAUGGUUAAUGACAUUACUUCUUUGGUAAAUUUAAAACAAACUAAGCCACAGCCUGCAAUUCCUGCUUAUGCCCUGCCCCAGAAUAAAGGAGUAUAGCCAGAAAAGAGAAGUUGCAGCUACUAAUUAUAAACUCUGCCAAAUGAAGUUUGAUAAUCAAGACAUAAUUCCACAUUUAUUUCUUUGCCUCCAUUCCUUGGGAGUAUCUUAAAUAUAAAGCCUUUGCACUGUCUGUAGUUACUCCAUACCCAAAUGCUUAAGAUUAAAACCAUAAACUGCAAAACAACAUCUUUAUUAAAGAUGUGUAAAAAGAAAAGGAAACAUUUACACAGGGAGCAACGUUCAAAGGCAUUCCUGGAAACCUAACCAAGGUAAUUUGAUAUUUUCAUUCUCUUCUGUAGAUUUUCUUAGAAAUCUCUGGAAAUAGUGAAGAGGCAUUAUGUAAAAUGCUAAAUAAAUGAAGCUCCACAACACACACACACAAAGCUAAACACAAACAUACAUUCAUUUUUU